AUGAUUAUGAAUACGACGACGGCGGUGGCUAUGACGACCGGGAGGAGGGAGGUUCGCUGGGGCACCCGGGCCGCCGCCAUGCCCAAGCCACCGGCCGGCUUCGUGCUGGAUGACCAGGGCAGGUGCAUCGCCGCAGCAUCCAAGCGCAUCGUCACCAUCGUACGCCUACCCAUCCCAUUCCUCCUCUUCUUCUUUUUCUUGUCUUUCGUUCUGCACCUUGGUAUGAUCGACGACACCAGCAACCGCCUCUUGGAGUGCAUUAUCCGAAGAGUAUUCAGGAGCUCGCAGGACCACGACUGCUUGCUUCUCUGCCCCGUUGACAUGCCUGUGCAGGUUCUCAAGAGCACAAAUUUCAGUGGCUGGGUAGCAGUCGAUGACGACCAACUCAAGCAAAUCAUUCCAUCUGUUGCCUAUGCCCUUGCCAGAGUACAUAUGCACUUUGUCGAAAGCGGAUUCUGUUAUACAGCAAGGGGUGGCUUCUGCUUUCCAGAAGAGGCCAUUCAAGAGUUUCAUGAUUCUGGUGAUGGUGGUGACGGGGUACCUUUUGAAGGUGUAGAGAUUUGUUGCUUCAAUUUGGAUGGUGCACACUAUAUGAUUUAUACACCAGUUGAUCCUCUUCUGUUCGUCGCAGUCAAGGAUAAGGAUGGUGUGCUACGCAUUGCUGAGGAUGAUCUGAUGGAAGACCCUGCAGUUCUGGAUGCGGUGGAUGAAGAGACAGAAUUUACAGCUCUAGUGGAGGAGGAGGAGGCCCUUCUUGAAACAGUACUUGGUGAAAGGUGA